AUGUGGGUUCAUGCUGACUAUUUGAAAGGCAGGAAGCUUUGGAAUACGAGUACCAAACAAGCUUGUUGGAUUAUUCAAAAAAUACUACAGGCAGGAAAAUGGUUGGUUGAUGCAGGCUUGAAUAUAGAAGAGGUUAUGAGUAAUGAUUCCUUCUCAAUCAAAAGUAUGAAUAUUCGGCUGAGAGGGCAAUUCCCUAAAGUGAAUUGGAGGAAGGUACAUUGCAACAACCAAGGACACCCAAAAUGGAGAUUUAUAAUGUUCGUAGUUAUCCAUCAAAGGCUCUAUACCAAGGAUAGACUAGACAAAUGGGGUAUUCACCCAAGCCGGAUGUGUGCUCUAUGUGAGGAGGAACUGGAAGAUCAUCAACAUUUAUUUUUCAAAUGCUCAGUGUCAUGGGCUAUCUGGAAGAGAAUGCUACUAGCAUGGCAAGGAAUCACAAGAAGAAAUAUGGGCUGGACAGAUGAGAUACAAUGGAUCUCUACACAUGCUAAAGGGAAACACCUACGAGCAGCGAUCCUCAGGAUGAGCUUUGUUGCCACAGUAUAUCACAUUUGGUUGGAGAGAGACCAAAGAACAUUUCAGCAAAAGAAGAGGACUAUUGACACUCUCAUAAAACGGAUUAUUCAAGACAUCCACUUCAGAGCUACCAUAUAUCCCAAAUUAACAGGCAUUAUGACUACCUUUAUGUGUACUGAUCAGAGUUUGGGACUAUGUCCAAACCAG